UUUCAUGAAUUUUCUUUAGUUGAGAGAAAAUCGUCGCUUAGUUAACGUCGCUAGUGAACACAAACUAAAGAACGAAGGAAAUUUCUUUCCAACAUUCUAAGAAUCAGAAUUUACGAAGUACUCUAGCAUAACCGAGUCAAUUCAAAUCUCGAUUGGAAUUGAAAAAUCGCCGUAGAAAAACAUUCACACUUGUUGUUGUUUGUUUUUCGCCUGGAGAACUUUUCGCGCCUACCAAAAAAAAACGCAACAAUUCUUGUGUUCGACAUAACGACGUCUAUACGAUAAGUCAUAAGCCAUCAUCUACCCAUCCCAAAAACAAAAAAAAAAAAAACUUCGCUGACGCCGCCUUUGCCGUUUAUCACAAAACAACAAUAAAUUAGAAAAAAAAAUUCAUAUAUAUGUAAAAAAGAUUUGAUUUCGCAAAACUCAAAAGAAAGCACAAAAACAAAAACCCACCAAGAAACCAAAUAUAAUAGUUCUACAUUUUUCGUCUCAUCUACGAUCCGAACGAAAACAUUUCAAGUAAAUUUUUGUAAAAAUGGCUCAACCACAAAUGAUGCAAAUUAAAUUAUCCCGCUUCGAUGCUCAACCAUGGGGCUUCCGUCUUCAAGGUGGCACUGACUUUGCCCAACCUCUGCUUGUACAAAAGGUUAAUGGUGGCAGUCUUGCCGAGAAGGCCGGUUUAGUGCCCGGUGAUGCUGUGAUCAAAAUCAACGAUGUCGAUGUUUUCAAUUUGCGUCACAAAGAAGCCCAAGACAUUGUGGUACGCUCUGGUAACAACUUCGUUAUGACAGUUCAAAGAGGUGGUUCAACCUGGCGUCCACAUGUACAAGUCACCGGAGGUAUGCCUCAACCCAAUUCCGGCCAUUUGCAAACAGUAACAAAAACUUCAUUGGCUCACAAACAGCAAGAGGUCCAUCAUAUUGGUUCCGGCUACAACAAUUCGGCCAGACCUUUCGGCAGCAGCGUUGAUGGCAACGUUAAGAGCAUUGUCAAUAAACAAUACAAUACCCCAGUUGGCAUUUAUAGCGAUGAAUCUAUUGCAGAAACACUCUCCGCUCAGGCUGAAGUUUUGGCUGGUGGUGUCCUUGGUGUUAACUUCAAGAAAAACGAAAAGGAAUACCAGGCCGAUAAGUCUGAAGUUUUGAAAUUCUUGCGCGAAGAAGAAUCUGGCACCUCAACUCCAGCAUUCAGCAACUACCCGAAUCAAGAACCACAACAACAACAACAGCAAUACCAACAACCACCACAACAAUAUCAACAACAACAAUAUCAACCACAACAACAGCAAUAUCAACAACCACCACAACAACAACAAUACCAGCCCUCAGCCACCAAACAUGUUAGUGCCCCAGUAACUCAACCCAAGCCCCCAAGCACUGGGGGUUUGCCAACCGGUCAAAAUAUCUGUUUCAAUUGUGAACGUCUCAUUACUGGUGUUUUCGUUCGCAUCAAGGACAAGAACUUGCACGUUGAGUGCUUCAAGUGCGCCACUUGUGGCACCAACUUGAAAAACCAAGGCUACUACAAUUUCAACAACAAAUUGUACUGUGACAUCCAUGCCAAAUUGGCUGCCUUGCAAAACCCACCAGCCGGUACUGAAGGCUAUGUUCCCGUACCAAUCAAACCUAACACCAAAUUGAGUGCUACAACCAUCUCUACUGCAUUGAAUGCUCAUGGCUACAAUAAUGGUGUAUCCAAUGGAAGCUCCACCCCUACACCAGCUCCGGUUAACAACCAAGGCUAUGCCCGUCCCUAUGGUGCUCCACCAGCUGCUGCUCCCAAGUCGCCAGUUACUUUCCCACCCCAACCCCAACAGUGGAGUGCCCCACCACCAACUCAGCCCAAGCCAACCGCUCCAGCUGGCAAUCCCUAUGCCACUUUGCCACGCUCCAAUGUUGGUCAAGGACAAGACGAAACCACAGAGGAAGGCUUGCAACCGCAAUAUGCUGAGACGUACUUUGAAGAGGACUACGAAGUUGAGGAGGCCAAUCGGCGAAUGCGCUCGAAUUUCUGUUGGCCUCCCCAGCAGGAAGAUAGUCACCGCACUCCCACUGCUGCACCUCUCUACAUUGCGCCACCGGAGACACAGCAUGUUGAAGUGAAACCCAUAGAAAAUCCGCCUCCUCCCGAGAUAGGGGAGAAGCAAACGCAACCACAACAGCAGCAGCAACAGCAGCAUCAGGCGCAGGCACAGCAUUACCAACAACAACAGCAACCACAGCAAGGUCAGGCACCUGCUGAAACUAUGGCUACCCAAGCCCCACAAAGCCAAACUCAGUGGCAAAGUCGUUCGGCGCCACAACUCACCGCUGGCGUCCAGUCAACUGAAUGUGAGUCUGGCUCCGAUUCAUAUACCUCUACCUGCACUACAGCCACCACUACUUCGGAGGAAUACCAGCGCAUGUAUGCCGCUCAAGUACAGGCGUAUCAAAUGCAACAACUCUAUGACCAAUCCGGUUCAGAGUUUGACUAUCACAUGGACAUGGAGGUGGCAUCUAUGCAGCAAAGCCAAGACCAAUUGAAUCUCAGUGCUUCGGAGUAUAUGUCAGGGCGCCGCAGUGCUCAAGACUGUGUCGAAACUUUGGUGCCUUCGCUUUGCACUUAUAAACUGGUGGAUAUGGUGCGAGAGGUAACACCUAGCCCAGUGCCCCAGCAGCAAGCACAAGGUCCUAGGCGCGUGGUCUUCCAGGAUGAACCCGAAGUAAAAGUUAUGGAAACUCCCAACCAACAAGGUAAUGAAGUCGAUGAGCAUGAAAAACCCUUAACCCAACCAACACAAGAUAAUCAAGAGUCCCAUCAAGUGUCCCAAGAAGUCGAAGAAGAAGAAGAAGGCCAAGUGGAGGUCAAGGAAGAUUGCUUGGUGGUAGAAGACCGCUCCCAUAUUCUAGAAAGUCAGCGAAUUUUCCAACCCACUCCCGAAAUAAAAAUCGAAAUAGCACCCGUAAAGCAAAUACCUCCUACGAAAAUUCCCAAUCCCGUACCCAAAGAAUGGAUCAAUCCUAUGGUGGCCGUAUUGACCACUGCCCCGGAGACUCCCUUCCACAUGGUGGAUUGUUUGUGUCCCAAACCCUGUGAUUGCUCAUUUCAGGUGGAACCCUCCGAGGAAAUCUCCAAGGUCAUGGCCAAGGAGACGACUGAAGAGGUGAAGCCCGAACCAUAUGAGAGACCACUAUCACCCACACCUGAGCCCGAGCAUGUUCCCAUCAAUUCCAUUUGGGAUACUCCAUCGCUAAGCAAGGCGAUGACAAUUGCACCCGCUUUUGAAUUGAAAUUUGCUCCCCCCGCUUCGGAGGGUGUACCGCUGCCCGAAGAGACCGUUCCCUAUAUGCCCCCUCCCAUGGAUAUGAAACCAUAUGUACGUGAAGAUUAUCGUCCAAAAUCACCAUUUCUAAGUGCUCUUACCGUAGCUCCCGAUCGACCAUUCGAAGGCCAUUUCGAUCACGAUGUUCCCAUUCAUAUUUUGGACUUGCCCACACCCUCAGGUGUACUGACCAUGUCGGAGGCGUUGCGUACAGCACCUGAACGACCAUACACUCCUCUGGAUCCUGAAAAUGCCACUCACCGGUUUGAGGAAGAGCAAAAGGAGAAGGAGAAGAAGAAGAUGGAAUUUCAGGUGCUCGACAAGGAAGAGGAAUUGGGCAUACGCAAACAAUCGCUGGAUGAAGUUGAGUACUAUACCACCGAUAAACGGAAGUCUUCGACGUCAGCAUUUGCGGCUAUGCAAGCAUUCCAACCAUCCAAUCAACCUUUGUCCUCUACCUCGACUCCAGCCACACCAAGAAAUUCGCUAACCUAUACCAAGGCCGAAAGUGAUAUCGAAUAUCAAAAGUUUUGUGAUGCUCAAGAUCGCUAUCAGAAAAGACGUAGUUAUUUCUCCCAGAAGGAGCAAGAGCUACUACAAAAGCAACAACAACAACAAAAAACGAACACUACUACCUCACAACAAUACCAGCUACAACAACAACAACAACAACCACCACCACAACAGACUAACACACGUGAAGAAUCCUCAUUGUAUUCCUCUACCAAAGCUAGCUCUUCUUCCUCUAACACCUCUUCCGCAGUCCAACAACAGCACCAACAACAACAACAACAACAUCAGAAACAACAGCUAUCCUCCUCAUAUGCCUCGAAUCUAACACAAGCUUCCACAGCAUCAUCCUCUUAUACCAUGGCCUAUGACAAGGCUGCCAGCAGCACAAUGUCCAAACUCGAAGCCCGCGAAGUGAUCGAAGAAACCGCCCAUGAGCUCGAGCAUUCUGAAGUCAUUUUCCCACCACCCUCACCGCUUAGUCACAUGCAUCCGCACACCUCAACGGGUCUGCAUCGUCCCGAAAAUAUUCCCAAAUAUCAACGCAAUUGGACAGUGUUGCCCUCGCAAAGUCCCGUACGCACUCCCGAACCUCCAGAGUUGAGGGAAAACGUUCCCCUGGCUUUUGUUGAUACCCCUAAGACUCCCGGCUACAGCAAUGGCUCUAACGAAAACACUGUACAUAAACCAGUGGCCCAAAUGCAACAGCAGAGCACUGCAAUGGCGAAAGCUUCUGCUCACUCCACUCACACUAUGCCCACCAGACCUCAGGCGACUAAACCAACCACGAUUCCCAUUAUUAUUGAAGAUCGUUCAGGUCCAGUGACCAUGGCCUUUCAACCACUCGACGAACAUGUGGUGAGAGAUCAAUCGCAGCCCCCCUCACGGCCUUAUACACCCUCCAGGCCAGCUCCCAUUGUGCCACGUUAUCAAACUCCCGAAAAGCUGUGCUUUGAUGAAUGUGCCGCUACGCAUGCCCGUCCUUAUGAUGUUCGAUCAGCCUCUCCAUUUCCAGAUCGGGCACGCUCCCCAGCACCUGGACCACCACCAAAUCCCUUGGCAGCCAUCAGGGCUCCCCGCAUGAAGGAGAAUGAGGUCUCCACCAUGAGUCCAAGGGUCUUGCAGGCCGGCUCCAUAACUACCGGUCAAAGCUAUUUGGGAGCCCAACAGGCGCAGCAAAAACAAGAGCGAAUGCUCUCCCACACCGAAAGCUCCAGUCAAUCGGGCAUGCAGAGCUAUACGCAACAGCCAGAAAGGAGGGAAGAAUACCAAGUUGGUAAUAUGUCAGUCCAGAGACGGGAACAGUCCUCCCGCAUGGCCGAACAGCAGCAGAGCCAAAUGCAGUCACAAACCACCACUCAAGUGGGCAAUACCCAAAUAGAACGUCGCCGCAAGGUGACCGAAGAAUAUGAACACACUUCCUCGGCCAAGACAGUGGAAAUUCGCACGGGCUCGCAAAGCUCCUCAAUGCAAGAGAGGAGACAAUCGCAGACUUCGUAUGGCAAGGGCUAUGUGGCCAAUCAGGCCAGACGUCUGUCGGGUCUGGAGCAGGAAAUAACCAAUUUGACACCACAAUCGCAGGCCAUUAGCGCUCGUGCCGCCAAUCUGUCGAAAUUUCCGGAAUUUCACAGCCCGGAACCGACGGAGAAGUUCCCCACCAAACCACUUCUACCUCUUAACGAUGAACCUAAGCCGCCGAGCUAUAUUGUUUCUGGAGCCUCUAAUAAAACGAUGGCUAAUACAUCGGCAAGCUGCUACCAACAGCAGGAACAAAAGCAAUUGUCUACUGCAUAUGGAUCAUCUAUCGUUUCCUUGCAGCAACAGCAACAGCAACAACAACAACAGAAAUCAUUAACUACAUAUUCGUCAGUAUCAUCUUCACAACAACAACAACAACAACAAGUAAACACCGUUAGCUCUAGUGUAACCAAAGCUUCUGCUACCACUAAUAAUCAAGCUUAUAAAUCGAUCACAGCUGGUACUAACCAAAACAACCAAAAUGCUACUACUUCUACUGCAUCAUCGACGGUUGUUUGCCCCGUCACGGGCACAUUCUGUCGUCCCGGUCAUACGUGCUGCAAACAGCAAGCAAUGCAAUCAAAUAACAAUAACAAUGUUAGUAAUGGUGCCGCCUAUCGGCCGAAUGCUUCCUUAGGUUCGGGCAGCAAUGCUUCUAAUAUUGCCGCCUCUUGCCAGCAAUCGCAAAAGCAGCAACAACAAUCACAAAGCGCCGCCGCCGCACCAGCACCAAAAGCAGCUUCAAAUGCUUCUUCGGCUACCACUACCACAUCCAAUGUGCCCAAUCAAUCUAAUGUUGGCGGUUCUGCUGGUUCUGCAGGUUCAGGUACAGGCGGUGGCGUUGCUCCCAAGGGCGGUGCCUUUGGCGCCACCUCGGCCCCCAAACGUGGACGUGGUGUUAUGAAUAAGCCCGCUGGCCCCGGAGUCCGUAUACCAUUGUGCAACAGCUGCGGCACCCAAGUCAGAGGUCCUUUCAUUACCGCCUUGGGCAAGAUCUGGUGUCCCGAACACUUCCACUGCACCAAUGGCAAUUGCCGUCGCCCCUUGCAAGACAUUGGCUUCGUUGAGGAGAAGGGUGAUCUUUACUGUGAAUACUGUUUCGAAAAGUACUUGGCUCCCAAUUGCAGCAAAUGUGGUGGUAAAAUCAAGGGUGAUUGCUUGAAUGCCAUUGGCAAACAUUUCCAUCCUGAGUGCUUCUCUUGCGGCCAUUGUGGCAAAUUGUUCGGCAAUACCCCAUUCUUCCUGGAGGAUGGUAUGCCCUACUGUGAAGCCGAUUGGAAUGAACUCUUCACCACCAAGUGUUUCGCUUGCGGUUUCCCCGUUGAAGCCGGUGAUAGAUGGGUUGAGGCCUUGAACCAUAAUUACCAUAGUCAAUGUUUCAAUUGCACUUAUUGCAAACAAAACUUGGAAGGCCAAAGCUUCUACAACAAGGGUGGUCGUCCCUUCUGCAAGAAUCACGCUCGUUAAGAUUUAAAACAAAACUCUGAUUGCGCCAUUUGCAGUCACAACAAACGCAAAAAAGAGACACAUCUUAGAACGAUCAAAAUGAAGAAAGAAAAAAAAAACAGAUUAUUCUCUACAAUAAUACUAAACCACGCACCUUAUCAUCAGGGAUCAUUUAUGCAUAAAAACUACAUUGAUUUUAAUUAAACAAAACAAAACAAAUGGAAAUAAAACAUUUUAUCUUUUCUUUUAUUUAGUUAAUCAUAAAGAAAAUAUUAACAUUAAUGUAACAAAAAAAAGAAAAAGAAGAACUUUUUAAACCAACAAGCUUAGCUUACUUUUAAAGAAACCUCCCCCCCUUCGCCUGUAAACCCUUAAAAAGGAAAAUCUCUGUUUUUGGCCUCAGAUGUUAAGACUUUCAAUGUUCGACAAAAUUUAACGCCCCCCGCUAUUUUAAA